AAAGAAAAAAAAAAGGACUUGAAGAUGGUUUUUCUAACGCCUAAAGUUAUGCAAAGGACUGCACUCUUUGUGACGUUUGGGGGUUUUGUCACUUCUCUGAUCACCGCCUUCCUUCCAUUUUGGAAGACAAUGAACUCUGACCUGAACGAAGUGGAAAACUGGUUUUCUGGUCUUUGGCACACCUGUCUCUACACCGAAGAGGUGGGGAUUCAGUGCAAGGCCUACGACUCCAUCAUGGGGCUGCCGAUGGACCUGCAGAUCUCCAGGGUGCUCAUGUCGGUGUCUAUAGGCACUGGAGGUUUAGCUCUGCUGGCUGCCUUCCCGGGUCUGGAGGGGGUUGGGAUGUGUAUGGGACAGCCUGGCCUGAAGAGACGGCUCCUCAUCCUCAGCGGGUUGCUUUCCUGGGUGUCGGGGCUCACCACUCUGGCUCCCAUCUCUCUUGUGGCCUACACAACUCUGGAGGAAUUCAUGAACGAGGGUUAUCCUGAUGUGAUGCCACGCUGGGAGUAUGGAGAGGCCAUGUUCUCUGGGUGGUUCGGAGGUUUGGCUCUGGUCAUUGGAGGGACUCUCUUCUUUGUAGCUGUGUGUAUGGGGGACUUCGACCAGAGGCCACCGAGCGUGCCAAACAGCCCGCAGGCCAAGCACCGGACAAAGCAUUACCUGAAGACAGAGGUUUUAUAGAUUUCUUAUUGUCACAUGUGCUGUCUGCACAUUAAUUUACUUCAUAUGGAGGCCUGUUUUAUUUUAGAGUGAUGUCAUAAUGAAGACUGCCUAAAGAGGUACUUUUAGAGCUUGUUUUGCAUCUCUGCUAUACUGUACUUCGAUAAAGAAAAUAUGUGGUCAAGUAAAAUACUUGACAUACAAUACACAUCACAUCACAAGUUCAGACCAGUGAUUUUUAAAAGAAAAUCCUAGUUAUCUCAGACCAAUUAGAAUGAUUGUUUCAUGUAAAGAACAUUUGUGGCAACAAUACACCAACAUGAUCGUUGAUCUAAAGAUGUAAAACCUUACUGGUGCCUGAUUUCCCAAAUGACCUGACUUCACCCUACUGUAUGUGCAUAUAUGUGGUUAAGUUUUUUGAUUUUACUUUUGAAGAGCAAAAUCUUUCAUCAUUGUAGCUUCUAAAUAAAGAUAUGAAGAAAAGUGACGUCACGAGUACAAAUUUAGUUUAAAAUAUAGGGAAAACAACACUAACCUGUC